CAAGUUCCCGGUGUGCUCAGCCACGCGUGGGCCGCAGGCUAGGCGAGCUGGGGAUCUCCGAGGGUGGAGAGCCCCGAAGUGCAGCGCGGUGCUGGUGGACAAGCCGUCUAGAGAACGCCCUAGAGCCUGGGGGUCGUCCGGUGGCAAGCUGGGCGCUUUAGGGGGUGCAGGCGUGCACGCGCGCGGUGUAGAAGAGGCCGAGCCUGGGGCGCGGGUGCACGUGGGAGCCGCGGCGGGGGCGGGGUGGGGUGUGGCCUCCCCGCCUCCCAGGCGGGAUUUGCAUGUGUGUGGCGGCCCCAGACUUCCUGCUCCUUCCAGGCUGCAGGUACGCGCGGGCCCGGCCGGGCUGGAGGGCUGCGAGCGCGCAGAGACGCAGGCACCUCCUCACCCGGACCCGGGUCGCGCCGCGCCUCCUCGCUCUCUGGUGGCAGUCAGCCUACUCCUGCCGUCCCGAUCGUCCGGGUCGCCGGGCUGCGAGGUGGCACUGCGCCCCUCUCCGCCCAGCGCGCCUCAGUCCUCUGCACCGAGCCUGGCAGCUCGCUUCAGGGCGACCUCGUCGCCUCGAGCCCCGGAGGGCCGAAGCCAUGAAUGAAAUGUCCAGCUUUCUUCACAUCGGGGACAUUGUGUCCCUGUACGCCGAGGGCUCUGUCAAUGGCUUCAUCAGCACUUUGGGGCUGGUGGAUGACCGUUGUGUGGUGGAACCUGCAGCUGGGGACCUGGACAACCCCCCCAAGAAGUUCCGAGAUUGCCUCUUCAAAGUGUGCCCCAUGAACCGCUACUCUGCACAGAAACAGUACUGGAAAGCCAAGCAGACUAAACAGGACAAAGAGAAGAUUGCUGAUGUGGUAUUGCUGCAGAAGCUGCAGCACGCAGCCCAGAUGGAGCAGAAGCAAAAUGACACAGAGAACAAGAAGGUGCACGGGGACGUGGUGAAGUACGGCAGCGUGAUUCAGCUUCUGCAUAUGAAGAGCAACAAAUACUUAACUGUGAACAAGCGGCUGCCAGCCCUGCUGGAGAAGAAUGCCAUGCGGGUGACGCUGGAUGCUACGGGCAAUGAGGGCUCCUGGCUCUUCAUCCAGCCCUUCUGGAAGCUUCGGAGCAAUGGGGAUAAUGUGGUCGUGGGGGACAAGGUGAUCCUGAAUCCUGUCAAUGCCGGGCAGCCCUUACAUGCCAGCAACUAUGAGCUUAGUGAUAAUGCUGGCUGCAAAGAGGUCAACUCUGUCAACUGCAACACCAGCUGGAAGAUCAACUUAUUCAUGCAGUUCCGGGACCACCUGGAGGAGGUGCUGAAGGGGGGAGACGUGGUGCGACUGUUCCACGCGGAGCAGGAGAAGUUCCUGACCUGUGAUGAGUACAGGGGCAAGCUGCAGGUGUUCCUGCGGACCACGCUCCGCCAGUCCGCCACCUCGGCCACCAGCUCCAACGCACUCUGGGAGGUGGAGGUGGUCCACCACGACCCCUGCCGCGGGGGAGCCGGACACUGGAACGGUCUGUACAGGUUCAAGCACCUGGCCACGGGCAACUAUCUGGCCGCUGAGGAAAACCCCAGCUACAAGGGUGAUGUCUCAGAUCCUAAGGCAGCUGGACUGGGGGCCCAGGGCCGCACUGGCCGCAGGAACGCAGGCGAGAAGAUCAAGUACCGUCUGGUGGCUGUGCCACAUGGGAAUGACAUCGCGUCUCUCUUCGAGCUGGACCCCACCACGCUGCAGAAAACCGACUCCUUCGUGCCCCGGAACUCCUACGUGCGGCUGCGGCACCUCUGCACCAACACCUGGAUCCAGAGUACCAACGCGCCCAUCGACGUGGAGGAGGAACGGCCUAUCCGGCUCAUGUUGGGCACAUGCCCCACCAAGGAGGACAAAGAGGCCUUUGCCAUUGUGUCGGUUCCUGUGUCGGAGAUCCGCGACCUGGACUUUGCCAACGACGCCAGCUCCAUGCUGGCCAGCGCCGUGGAGAAACUCAACGAAGGCUUCAUCAGCCAGAACGACCGCAGGUUUGUCAUCCAGCUGUUGGAGGACUUGGUGUUUUUUGUCAGCGAUGUUCCCAACAAUGGGCAGAAUGUCCUGGACAUCAUGGUCACCAAGCCCAACCGGGAGCGGCAGAAGCUGAUGCGGGAGCAGAACAUACUUAAGCAGAUCUUUGGCAUCCUGAAGGCUCCAUUCCGUGACAAGGGGGGUGAAGGACCACUAGUGCGGCUGGAGGAACUGUCUGACCAGAAGAACGCCCCCUACCAGUACAUGUUCCGUCUCUGCUACCGGGUGUUGCGGCAUUCUCAGGAGGACUACCGCAAGAAUCAGGAGCACAUAGCCAAGCAGUUUGGGAUGAUGCAGUCACAGAUUGGCUAUGACAUCCUGGCUGAAGACACCAUCACUGCCCUGCUGCACAACAACCGGAAGCUUCUAGAGAAACACAUCACCAAGACGGAGGUGGAGACCUUUGUCAGUCUCGUGCGCAAGAACAGGGAGCCCAGAUUCCUGGACUACCUCUCCGACCUGUGCGUGUCCAACCGUAUCGCCAUCCCUGUCACCCAAGAGCUGAUUUGCAAAUGUGUGCUGGACCCUAAGAACAGUGACAUUCUUAUCCAGACUGAGCUGCGGCCAGUGAAGGAGAUGGCUCAGUCUCACGAGUACCUCAGCAUCGAGUACUCAGAGGAGGAGGUGUGGCUCACAUGGACGGACAGGAACAAUGAGCACCACGAGAAGAGCGUGAGGCAGCUGGCCCAGGAGGCGAGGGCUGGCAACGCACACGAUGAGAACGUGCUCAGCUACUACAGGUACCAGUUGAAGCUGUUUGCCCGCAUGUGCCUGGACCGCCAGUACUUGGCCAUUGAUGAGAUCUCCAAGCAGCUGGGUGUCGAGCUGCUUUUCCUGUGCAUGGCUGACGAGAUGCUGCCCUUUGACCUCCGCGCCUCAUUCUGCCAUCUGAUGCUACAUGUGCACGUGGACCGCGACCCUCAGGAGCUGGUGACCCCUGUCAAGUUUGCCCGCCUCUGGACAGAGAUCCCCACGGCCAUCACCAUUAAAGACUAUGAUUCCAAUCUCAACGCGUCGAGAGAUGACAAAAAAAACAAGUUUGCCAGCACCAUGGAGUUCGUAGAAGAUUACCUCAACAACGUGGUCAGCGAGGCCGUGCCCUUUGCCAACGACGAGAAGAACAUACUCACCUUUGAGGUGGUGAGCCUGGCGCACAAUCUCAUCUACUUCGGGUUCUACAGCUUCAGCGAGCUGCUGAGGCUCACACGCACGCUACUGGGCAUCAUAGACUGCAUCCAGGCACCGGCAGCCAUGCUGCAGGCCUAUGAGGAGCCUGGUGGCAAGAAUGUGCGGAGGUCCAUCCAGGGGGUGGGGCACAUGAUGUCCACCAUGGUGCUGAGCCGCAAGCAGUCUGUAUUUGGUGCCUCCAGCCUGCCUGCUGGAGUGGGUGUCCCUGAGCAGCUAGACAGAAGCAAAUUUGAGGACAAUGAGCACACUGUGGUGAUGGAGACCAAACUGAAGAUCCUGGAGAUUCUGCAGUUCAUCCUGAACGUACGCUUAGACUACCGCAUCUCCUACCUGUUGUCGGUCUUCAAGAAGGAGUUUGUGGAGGUGUUUCCCAUGCAGGACAGCGGGGCGGACGGCACGGCACCUGCCUUUGAUUCCUCCACUGCCACCAUGAAUCUGGACCGCAUCGGAGAGCAGGCAGAGGCCAUGUUUGGAGUAGGGAAGACCAGCAGCAUGCUGGAGGUGGACGAUGAAGGUGGCCGCAUGUUCCUGCGAGUGCUGCUGCACCUGACCAUGCACGACUACCCGUCUCUUGUCUCCGGUGCGCUGCAGCUGCUCUUCAAACACUUCAGCCAGCGCCAGGAAGCCAUGCACACUUUCAAGCAGGUCCAGUUGCUGAUCUCAGCCCAGGAUGUGGAGAACUACAAGGUGAUCAAGUCAGAGCUGGACCGACUGCGGACGAUGGUGGAGAAGUCAGAGCUGUGGGUGGACAAGAAAGGCAGCGUCAAGGGCGAGGAGGUUGAGGCAGGCGCCACCAAGGAUAAGAAGGAGAGACCCUCGGACGAGGAGGGAUUUCUGCAGCCACACGGGGAGAAGAGCAGCGAGAACUACCAGAUUGUGAAAGGCAUCCUGGAGAGGCUGAACAAGAUGUGUGGGGUGGGGGAGCAGAUGAGGAAGAAGCAACAAAGGUUGCUGAAGAACAUGGACGCCCACAAGGUCAUGCUGGACCUACUGCAGAUCCCUUACGACAAGAGCGACAACAAGAUGCUGGAGAUACUGCGCUACACACACCAGUUCCUACAGAAGUUCUGUGCUGGGAACCCUGGCAACCAGGCCCUUCUGCACAAACACUUGCAGCUCUUCCUCACGCCUGGGCUCCUGGAGGCUGAGACCAUGCAGCACAUUUUCCUCAACAACUACCAGCUGUGCUCUGAGAUCAGCGAGCCGGUGUUGCAACACUUUGUGCACCUGCUGGCCACACACGGGCGCCAUGUGCAGUACUUGGACUUCCUGCACACUGUCAUCAAGGCUGAGGGCAAGUACGUGAAGAAGUGCCAGGACAUGAUUAUGACCGAGCUGACCAAUGCAGGUGACGACGUGGUGGUGUUCUACAACGACAAGGCCUCUCUGGCUCAUCUGUUGGACAUGAUGAAGGCAGCCAGAGAUGGCGUGGAGGACCACAGCCCUCUCAUGUAUCACAUCUCCCUGGUGGACCUGCUGGCUGCCUGUGCAGAGGGCAAGAACGUCUACACAGAGAUCAAGUGCACCUCCCUCUUGCCUCUAGAGGACGUGGUGACUGUGGUCACCCACGAGGAUUGUAUCACGGAGGUUAAAAUGGCUUAUGUGAACUUCGUGAAUCACUGCUACGUAGACACGGAGGUGGAGAUGAAGGAGAUCUACACCAGCAACCACAUCUGGACGCUCUUCGAGAACUUCACCCUGGACAUGGCUCUGGUCUGUAACAAGCGGGAGAAGCGCCUGUCAGACCCCACCCUUGAGAAGUACGUGCUCACCGUGGUCCUGGACACCAUCAGUGCCUUCUUCAGCUCCCCGUUUUCAGAGAACAGCACAUCCCUACAGACGCACCAGACAAUUGUGGUCCAGCUGCUGCAGUCCACCACGCGGCUGCUCGAGUGUCCUUGGCUGCAGCAGCAGCAUAAGGGCUCCGUGGAGGCCUGUGUCCGCACCCUCGCCAUGGUGGCCAAGAGUAGAGCCAUCUUGCUGCCAAUGGAUCUGGAUGCCCACAUGAGCGCCCUGCUCAGCAGUGGGGGCAGCUGUUCCGCCGCUGCCCAGCGCAGCGCUGCCAACUACAAGACGGCCACCAGGACCUUCCCUCGGGUCAUCCCCACUGCCAACCAGUGGGACUACAAGAACAUCAUUGAGAAGUUACAGGAUAUCAUCAUGGCCCUAGAAGAGCGGCUGAAGCCUCUGGUACAGGCUGAGCUCUCUGUCCUUGUGGACAUGCUGCACUGGCCUGAGCUGCUUUUUCCAGAGGGCAGUGAGGCCUACCAGCGCUGCGAGAGCGGGGGCUUCCUGUCUAAGCUCAUCCGUCACACUAAGGGUCUCAUGGAGUCCGAGGAGAAGUUGUGCGUGAAGGUGCUGCGGACGCUGCAGCAGAUGCUGCUGAAGAAGAGCAAGUUCGGGGACCGGGGCAACCAGCUGCGGAAAAUGCUGCUGCAGAAUUAUCUCCAGAACCGCAAGUCUGGCGCCCGGGGCGAGCUCACUGACCCCACGGGCUCUGGCCUGGAUCAGGACUGGUCAGCCAUCGCCGCCACCCAGUGCCGGCUGGACAAGGAGGGGGCCACCAAGCUGGUGUGUGAUCUUAUCACCAGCACCAAGAACGAGAAGAUCUUCCAGGAGAGCAUUGGCCUGGCCAUCCGCCUGCUGGACGGGGGCAACACCGAGAUCCAGAAGUCUUUCUACAACCUGAUGACAAGUGACAAGAAGUCGGAGCGCUUCUUCAAGGUGCUUCAUGACCGCAUGAAGCGCGCCCAGCAGGAGACCAAGUCCACGGUCGCUGUCAACAUGAGCGACCUGGGCAGCCAGCCUCGUGAGGACCGGGAGCCGGCAGAUCCUGCCACCAAAGGUGGAGCUCCGGGCAGAUAUAUACAGGGUAUGGGGUACCUCACAGGUGACCCCGACCUCAUCAAGGCUCUCCCCACAGGCCGCGUGUCCUCCUUCUCCAUGCCCAGCUCCUCCCGCUAUUUGCUGGGCCUCGGCUUGCACCGAGGGCACGACAUGAGCGAGCGGGCGCAGAACAACGAGAUGGGGACCUCGGUGCUGAUCAUGCGGCCCAUCCUGCGCUUCCUGCAGCUGCUGUGUGAGAACCACAACCGUGACCUGCAAAACUUCCUGCGCUGUCAGAACAACAAGACCAACUACAACCUGGUGUGUGAGACCCUGCAGUUCCUGGACAUCAUGUGUGGCAGCACCACAGGGGGCCUGGGGCUGCUGGGGCUCUACAUCAACGAGGACAACGUGGGCCUGGUCAUCCAGACCUUGGAGACCCUCACAGAGUACUGCCAGGGCCCAUGUCAUGAGAACCAGACCUGCAUUGUGACUCACGAAUCCAACGGCAUCGACAUCAUCACGGCGCUGAUCCUCAAUGACAUCAGCCCGCUUUGCAAGUACCGCAUGGACCUGGUGCUGCAGCUCAAGGACAAUGCCUCCAAGCUGCUCCUGGCUCUGAUGGAGAGCCGACAUGACAGUGAGAAUGCAGAGCGCAUCCUCAUCAGCCUUCGGCCUCAGGAGCUGGUGGACGUGAUCAAGAAGGCCUACCUGCAGGAGGAGGAGAGGGAGAAUUCAGAAGUGAGCCCACGUGAAGUGGGCCACAACAUCUACAUCCUAGCACUGCAGCUUUCCAGGCACAACAAGCAGCUGCAGCACCUGCUGAAGCCAGUGAGGCGCAUCCAGGAGGAGGAGGCCGAGGGCAUCUCUUCCAUGCUCAGCCUCAACAAUAAGCAGCUGUCCCAGAUGCUCAAGUCCUCGGCCCCCGCCCAGGAGGAGGAAGAGGACCCGCUGGCCUACUAUGAGAAUCACACCUCGCAGAUUGAGAUUGUGCGGCAAGACCGAAGCAUGGAGCAGAUCGUGUUCCCGGUACCUGCCAUCUGCCAGUUCCUGACAGAGGAGACGAAGCACCGGCUCUUCACCACCACUGAGCAGGACGAGCAGGGCAGCAAAGUGAGCGACUUCUUCGACCAGUCCUCCUUCCUGCACAACGAGAUGGAGUGGCAGCGCCGGCUUCGCAGCAUGCCGCUCAUCUACUGGUUCUCCCGCCGCAUGACGCUGUGGGGCAGCAUCUCCUUCAACCUGGCUGUGUUCAUCAAUAUCAUCAUUGCCUUCUUCUACCCCUAUGUGGAGGGCGCUUCCACAGGCGUGCUGGGCUCGCCGCUCAUCUCGCUACUCUUCUGGAUCCUCAUCUGCUUCUCCAUCGCUGCACUGUUCACCAAGCGCUACAGCGUCCGUCCCCUCAUCGUGGCGCUGAUCCUUCGGUCCAUCUACUACCUGGGCAUUGGGCCCACGCUCAACAUCCUGGGUGCUCUCAAUCUGACCAACAAGAUCGUGUUUGUGGUGAGCUUCGUGGGCAACCGUGGCACCUUCAUCCGAGGCUAUAAGGCCAUGGUCAUGGACAUGGAGUUCCUGUACCAUGUGGGCUACAUCCUGACAAGCGUCCUGGGCCUCUUUGCCCAUGAGCUCUUCUACAGCAUCCUGCUCUUUGACCUCAUCUACCGAGAGGAGACGCUGUUUAAUGUCAUCAAGAGUGUGACCCGCAAUGGCCGCUCCAUCCUACUGACCGCCCUGCUGGCCCUCAUCCUUGUGUACCUCUUCUCCAUCGUGGGCUUCCUCUUCCUCAAGGACGACUUCAUCCUGGAGGUGGACCGGCUGCCCGGGAACCACUCCAGAGCCAGCCCCCUGGGGAUGCCACACGGAGCUGCCACAUUUAUGGGCACAUGUAGUGGGGACAAGAUGGACUGUGUCUCUGAGGUCUCAGUGCCUGAGAUCCUAGAAGAGGACGAGGAGCCCGAUAGCACGGAGCGGGCCUGUGACACUCUACUUAUGUGUAUCGUGACCGUCAUGAACCACGGACUGAGGAACGGUGGUGGCGUGGGCGACAUCCUCCGCAAGCCCUCCAAAGAUGAGUCGCUCUUCCCAGCCAGAGUGGUGUAUGACCUUCUGUUCUUCUUUAUCGUCAUCAUCAUCGUGUUGAACCUCAUCUUUGGGGUGAUCAUCGACACCUUUGCCGAUCUGCGCAGCGAGAAGCAGAAGAAAGAGGAAAUCCUUAAGACCACGUGCUUCAUCUGUGGUCUGGAGAGGGACAAGUUUGACAACAAGACAGUGUCCUUCGAGGAGCACAUCAAACUGGAGCAUAACAUGUGGAACUACCUGUACUUCAUUGUACUGGUCCGAGUCAAGAACAAGACAGACUACACCGGCCCCGAGAGCUAUGUGGCUCAGAUGAUCAAGAACAAGAACCUGGACUGGUUCCCGCGGAUGCGUGCCAUGUCCCUGGUGAGCGGCGAGGGGGAGGGGGAGCAGAAUGAGAUCCGCAUCCUGCAGGAGAAGCUCGGCUCCACCAUGAAGCUGGUGUCGCACCUCACCUCCCAGCUCAAUGAACUCAAGGAGCAGAUGACGGAGCAGCGGAAACGGAGGCAGCGUCUGGGCUUUGUGGAUGUGCAGAACUGCAUGAGCCGCUGAGCAGAGCCACCGAGGCCCCCUGCAGGAGGUCCGCUGCAGAUGGCACUGCCCUUCCUUCAGGUCAGGUGGCCCACCACCCUCUGGAAGCCAGGUGCCCACCCCACCUCCAGCUCUGCUGGCAAUCUCCCUCCCCCAAGGCAAACUGGCCAGCAGGAGUGCUUCACAGCAGUCCUGCUUAGUACCGUUGAAGAGACUCAGUUUACCUUAGUGCCUUAGAGGAUGCUAGGUCCUCUGACUGACAUUCCUCAGUGGUCCUCACAGGUGGUUAUAGGGGGGCUGCCUCUCACCUCCGAGCACUACAUUGUGGCUGUCCCCUGCCCGCCUGCCCGCCUUCUGUCCUGGAUCAGGAAGAUGGUAGCCUGCUGUUAGUAGCUUCACAGGGCUUUUAUGUUUAACUUAUUCCCAGGGGCCGUCCCACCCUGCUGUGCCUGCACAGUUCCCAGUGCCUGUGCCUGCGCCUGCUGGGGACAGUGUGGCCCUGUCCCAGUAGCUUGAUGACUCAGGGUGGACCUUGCUCCCAGGACUUGUCUCUCCCCAGGCUUUGUAGGCAAGCCUCACAAGCCGAGGGACAGGACCGGGCUGUGUGAAAGUGGCUUUUGACAGCUUCUCUCUUUUUGGUGUAAUGUUUUACAUGUCCUGUGUCCUGGGGACUAAUGUGUUAAUUGCCUUAAAUAAAUUAAUAGACUCCAAGUCCA